AUGUGGGCUGUGAAUGAGGGUGCUUUCAAAAUGCGAAAUGAUAGGAAUCCGAAACGAAAUACGAACGGACCAGAUUUUUCCUUAAUUCAAUUUCGCGUCGCUUUCUCUCUUGUUUUGGUCUUCUUUUUUCAGGCCCUCCCCUUUUAUCGUUUUUACAAGAUUUUACUUCUUUGGAUUUACUCCUAUGUUGUUGAUGUUCUUGUUUUUCUUCUUUUAUUUUUCUUCAUCUUUUCCUCCAUUUUUUCUUCUUCUCUCUCCUUUACUUCGUUGUAUUCUUCUUCUUUAAUUCGUCUAUCCUUUUUUUUUACCAUCUUUUCUAUUUUAUUUGACCUAUUAUUUCUUUUCUUCUCCCGUUACUUAUUUCCUCCUAUUGUUGUUGUUGCUGUUCUUUUUUUUCUUUUUCUUCUCUCCUUCUUCAAUAUUUUCCUAUUCUUCUUUACGUCGAAUUCUUCCAUUCUUCUUCCUCUUCUCGUCCAUCUUCCUUCUCAUCUUUCUUCUCUUUUUUUUUCUUAUUACGCUUUAUCCGUUUCCUUCGCCGUCUUUUUAUUUCUUCUUCAUCUCUUUUUCUUCAUUUUGGCUGUUUUGUUUCUUCUUCAGCCAUUCCUUAUAAUGUUCCCUCUUUAUUUGGCCAUCAUCAUUAUUUUCUCCUUCGUGCGCUGCUUUUACCUUUUUUUUCCCCCUUCAUCGUCUCCUUAUUUAUUCUUCAAUGUUUUACAUUAUUCUCUAGCCUUCUUAUUUGGCUUAAUUUUUUUUUCUUCUGCAAUUAUUACUUCUCUUUUUUCGCCUUUAUUUAACCGUCUCCCCUUCUUCUUCUUCUUCUUCUUCUUCUUCUUCUUCUUCUCCUUCUCCUCCUCCUCCUCCUUCUUCUUCUCUUCCUCCUCCUCCUCCUCCUCCUCCUUCUUCUUCUUCUUCUUCUUCUUCUUCUUCUUCUUCUUCUUCUAUUAA